AUGAGCAAAGCUAAUGAGUUGGAUGCACACAUAGAUCCGGUGCAACUCGUGGAUGAGCUUGUCUCAAGAUCCCGGGUUUUUGCUGUCAAGUUGGGGGUUGGCCUGACAGCAUUGUCUGUGUUCAUCACGUUGUAUUAUCAUGCUACAAAAGAUCCGGCGUUUCAUCAAGCUGCCUAUGCGGUUCUGACCGCUACUGUUUUGAUUCGCAGCAUAUGGAUUAUGGAAAUACAAGUGCGGCCCGCGUUGCAAGCAGAAGAUGUCGCCAGAGCUCGGUAUAUACUCAAAACCAUGUGGGCAUUGGUCGCUACUGAUCCUACACCAGGCCUCACUGUGUUCCUCGCUGGCUAUGCUAUUUGGAACCUGGAUAACAUAUUCUGCUCGCAACUACGCGGGUGGCGACGUCAAAUCGGGUUGCCAUGGGCCAUUCUCCUAGAAGGUCAUGGCUGGUGGCACUUGAUGACAGGCCUAGAUAUGAUGUGGAAAAAGCAGGCUAAUAAUCAGCUCCUCGCAUCAAUCCCGGAGAUACGAAAGGUUCAGGGCAAGGCAAAGCACCAUUGA